GCCGUUCUCCCAAUGAAAUCUUUAUAAAUACCUAAAAGCUAAACCUGAACGUCGAACGCGAACCCUAGCACAUGAAUCUCGGAAAGUCUGGGCAUGGAGGUCGAUCCUGCUGAUGUCGAAUCAUUGAAGCAAAGGGCUGAAGCAUUGCAUAGAUUGUCCACUGGUUCUCUAUCUUCUUCCAUAUCUAAGCUUUCGCACUCUUUGCGGCACAUUCCUGCCAAGAAAGACUUUCAUUUCUUCUACAACUUCGAAGAAUUCAAAACUCCCGUGAAGGAAAUCGCGGAUAAGUCGCAAUUCCUGCUCGAAAGUGUUGGUACGUCGACGCAUGUCCUGGGCAAAAGCCUGGUUUAUCCUGACGAACUCGACGAUGCAUAUGAUUGGCUGGUGAAUGUGAACGAUGAGGUUUUUGAGCGGUUUGAUGUGUCGGUGGAUGAGUUUCAGGGUGCGAGGAAGAACGAGGUGGAAGCCGUGGGGCUGCCACUGGCGUCCGAUGGUGGGUUUCAGUUGGUUGGUGGGAAGAAGAAGAAGGGUUUUGCGGAGAGAGAAAAUGUAGUGAGUGUUGAUGUGAGUGCGGGCUCUAGUGCUACGGAGGUGAAGGUAGCAUCGAGAGACAAGGUGGGGGCGAAGCCAAGGGUGCCAUUUCACAUACCCACAAUUCCAAGGCCGCAAGAUGUUUUCAAUAUAUUGGUUAACAAUUCAAAUGAGCCAUUUCAACAUGUUUGGUUGCAGAAGAGUGAUGAUGGCACACGAUUUGUACACCCAUUGGAGAAGAUCUCUAUUUUUGAUUUUAUUGAUAGAAAUAUCAAGAGCAUUGAGCCAGCAAAACCGCCGCCAAUAGAGUCUACCCCCUUCAAGCUUGUAGAAGAAAUCAAAGACUUGAAGGCUUUGGCUGCAAAGUUGGGUGCUGUGAAUGAGUUUGCGGUUGAUUUGGAACAUAAUCAAUAUCGGUCUUUUCAAGGAUUGACUUGCUUGAUGCAAAUUUCAACUAGAAGUGAGGAUUUUGUUGUAGAUACGCUAAAGCUCCGCAUUCAUGUUGGUCCAUAUUUGAGAGAUGUUUUUAAAGACCCUGCCAAGAGAAAGGUUAUGCAUGGAGCAGAUCGGGAUAUUAUGUGGCUUCAGCGGGACUUUGGCAUAUAUGUUUGCAAUUUGUUCGACACUGGACAGGCAUCAAGGGUAUUGAAGUUGGAGAGAAAUAGUCUGGAGUUUCUUUUGCAUCACUUUUGUGGAGUUACCGCUGAUAAAGAAUACCAGAAUGCCGAUUGGAGGUUACGCCCUCUUCCUGUGGAGAUGCUCAGAUAUGCUAGAGAAGAUACACACUAUCUUUUGCAUAUUUAUGAUUUAAUGAGGAUCAGGUUGCUCUCAACAUCGACUGAAUCCGAAAAUUAUGAUGCUCUUCUUGUACAGGUCUACGAGCGCAGUUAUGAUGUAUGCAUGCAGCUGUACAAGAAGGAGCUGUUGACGGAUAGUUCAUAUCUCCAUAUAUAUGGGUUACAGGGGACCUCUUUUAAUCCUCAGCAACUUGCUGUGGUUGCAGGCCUUAGUGAAUGGAGAGAUGUUGUUGCCAGAGCAGAAGAUGAAAGUACUGGCUAUAUAUUACCAAACAAAAUGCUUCUUGAUAUUGCCAAAAAGAUGCCUGUUACGACGAGCAAGCUGCGCUGGCUGGUUAAAUCAAAGCAUCCGUAUGUUGAACGCAAUCUUGGUUCUGUAGUCAGCAUCAUUAGGCAUUCUAUCCAGAACGCUUCUGCAUUUGAAGCUGCUGCUGAACAUUUAAAGGGAGGGCAAAUAGAAACAGCAUCUGAAGCAAAUAUGGUUGAUAGUGAUGGAUCUGAACCCUUGCCGCUUGGAGCUUCUACAGUCUUGAAGACUAUGAAUGUCGGAGCAAGCAUUGAUGGUGCCAAUGCAAUAAAUGGUACUACGUGUGCACAGGGUCUUGCAUCUGUGCAGCUUCAAAAAGAGACUCUAAAGCUUGAAGGCAGUGUGGCUAAUUCUGAUGGAGGUGGACAAGAAGUCUCUUCUGAACAUGGUCAAACUGAGAAAAUAAAAACUGACAUGAUUGGUAUUCCAGGGCACGCCCACCCAAUGGGCAGCCUGACCAUUCCAGGGCAGAACAGAGCCACAAAUACUGAAAUGAGCAAGUCACCAGCAGAGAAAGUUGUUGCUGGGGCUACUGUUCAGCUGCUAAAGAAGCCUACCUGUGCUUUCGGAGCAAUGCUCGGGAAUGUGGCCCCAAAAAAAAAGUCUAAUCUUGUUAGAAAUGUCAGCAUUCCUUCAUUAAACUUGGAGAAGGAACAGAUCAAGCUGGAGCAGAUCAAAUCUGCAAUGAACCUUCAAUUCUUUCCAUUUUCUGGAAGGGCUGAACAAUUGAAACCACUUGUAGGAUCUACCGAAGGCUGUGAGACUCGGCGUUUUGAGAUGCAUAAUCCAGAAGAGAGAAUAUUAUUGGAUGGUUGUUCUGAUGUGGACAAACCAGGACAUGGUGAUUCAUAUGAUACGAAACAGGAUUAUGAGCCUACAUCUCUCUCUGAUUUAUCCUCCAGCUUCCAGAAGUGCUUCCAACCAAUUAAUAAAACUAGAAAAUGCAAACAAGUUGAGAAAUCUCAAGAAUCUCAUGGUCUGCCCCAGAUCAAGCCAUUUGACUAUGAAGCAGUGAAGAAACAUGGUAAAUUUGAACAAACUGGGGAAGAAUCAGGUGCAGUUAGUGAUCGCCAUAUGGCUCAACUUGAUUUGGAUGCUAAGAAGAAUUUAGGUGUUGAUCUAAUCCAGAGAGGAGUUGAAGGGUCAGAAGAUUUUCCACUGGGCGUGCGGCGUCAGGCUUUCCCUGCAAGUGGAAACCGAAGUGCAACUUUUUGUUGAUUUUGGACUGUUCAUGCUUGCUUUAAAUGAAGGUGUAGCGUUUCAUUUUUAAAAAAUAUAUGUAUAUUUUCAAGACUUGACCUUUAAAAAAUUAAAUUGAAAGGAAAUCAAAGGCUUAAGGAGCUUUGCUAUUGUUUGUCAGGGAAAAAAAAGUGACUUGAACUGCCAAUUGCGUCAAAAUUUUCAUUUAUUUGGAUUUGUCGAGGAUGCUGACAGGAUCUGAUUUGAGUUGGCCGAACUAUUUCAAACCGGACAGUUAAGUCUCCAUGUUAAUUGUGGGGUUGUUGAUGGGCAGGUUUUGUUUUGGUGACAAACCCAGUUCAUACUAAUUCAAUUCCUCUGUACAGAUGCGGUAGCAGCCAACCGGGAGUAUCAACCCAUCCAAAGUAAUUUGAAAGAUCCUUUAUGCACGAACAAAAACUGAGAACCCAUUCCAAUUAUUGGGUACCAUGUUAAUUGUAAAAUGAUAUUUCAAAUAAUUUAUCUGAAUUACCAUUUCCCUUGA